CCCCACAACUGAUCAAAUGCGCGAUUCGUGACAAACCAUCAUCGAGGCUCAAUUUAUUCAACAGUUUCGAGCCCUUGUCACCACCACCCUGCGUUUUGCCUUCUCCAUGUCCUACAAGAGGUCGCGUGCCACAUACGAGGCUGACCUUACAGCGCAACAAUCCCCCUUCGUCUUUUAUGGGACACCGCUCCCGCCGCUCGACCCCGAGGUCCGCGACGAUGGCUCCUACGUCCCGCUGUGGAAGCAGGAGGUGAGGGAUGAGCGGGGGAGGAAGAGAUUCCACGGCGCAUUUACCGGUGGAUGGAGCGCAGGUUAUUUCAACACCGUGGGUUCCAAAGAAGGAUGGACGCCCUCGUCCUUCGUUUCUUCCCGCACGAACCGCCGCAAGGAUGACCCGAACGCCGUCCAGCAACGCCCGGAGGAUUUCAUGGACGAGGAGGACCUGGCUGAUGCCGAGGAAUCGCGGAGGAUCCAAACACAAGCUUCGUUUUCCGGGCUGGGCACGACCGCGGACGAUGCAACAAGAACGAGCGGCCUCAUGGGCCUGCUCCGCGUCGAAGGGGAGACCAUUGGGACGAAGCUGCUCCGGAGAAUGGGUUGGAAAGAUGGCCAAGGAAUUGGCCCCAAGAUCCGCAGGCAAGCCCGUCUCGACCUACCCAGCGACGGCACCGGUGCCGGCGAGACAUAUCUUUUUGCGCCAGAGAACGUGCCAAUGAUCAGCUUCGUCCGCAAAACCGACCACAAGGGGCUGGGUUACGCGGGAGAGACUAGGUUGACGCCGGUCGGCCUCGCGGCGACGGCGACGAGGGCAAACGAAUCCGAGGAGGACGACGACACAGGUAUCGGGGAUUUUGGGCGGCCGAGAUUCACGCUGGCUCCGACCCGCAAGAAACAGCGAGACAAGGGUCGAGGAGGCAUCGGGGUGGGAAUCUUGAAUGACACCGGGUCCGAUGACGAAGAUCCAUACGAAAUAGGUCCGCGAAUAUCUUACAACCGAGUAAUAGGAGGGGAUAAAAAGAAGAAAAAAGCGGCGACCUCGAUGAUAAAUCCCACAUUGAAGACAAAACCAACAUUUAUACCGUCCAAGAAACCAGCUCUUGGAAAAGUGGCCCUCGGCGUCCGGAAAUGCCACGAUGGACGGCUGCCGCUGGAGGGAUUCGUCUUCGGCAAGGAGCCCGACGCCCUAACGUCUGGAAUCAACGAUGAGGGAAAGUACCCUCCUCCACAGAUACCUCCAGGCUGGGUGUCAGCAAAGCAGGCGAAGUCUCGGGAAGGGCCAACUGGCUACGUCUCUGCGGCGGACGCGGCCAAAGCGUCGACGCUCGACCCGAAGGCCCGCGCGGCGAUCCUCGGUGAAGAACAGCUUCCCGGAAAAUCCGUCUUCGACUUCAUGUCUGCAGAAGCACGGGAGCGGCUGGCCGCUGUCACUGGCAGGACCGACCUCCCUCCGGCCCGCGGCGAGGUUCCCGCGGGGCAUGCGCUCAGCGAAGCCGACCGCUUGAAAGAGCUGCUCAGUCGCGUCCCAAGACUAGACAAGGAAACGGCCGUGGCUGCCAUCUCCAGGGGCAGUAGCGGCAAUGCUCCUUAUGCCGAUGACGAGGCGAAACGCUCAAGAUACAUCGCGUUCCUCGAGUACCAAGCGGGCUUCAGGGCGACCCCGGGGGCCCAGCCGCCGAAGAUGAACAGCGAAGAGUGGCUGAGGGAGCUGCAAGAGUUUUAUUCCUGCGCGAGGAUCUUCAAGCCGAUGACCGGUCUCAUGGCGAGCCGCUUCACGACCUCCACAGCAACGCGCUCCGGCAACGGCUCGACUGCCGAGGCGGGGGCCGGAGAACUCCUGUCGAAACCUCCGCCCAAGCCCCAGGAUCCGGCCGAGGAAGCGGCCAAGCUUGGCAUGUUUGGGCCCAUGACGAGGUCUGUUGCUGAUUUCUACCCCACUCGACUGCUCUGCAAGAGGUUCAAUGUGAAGCCUCCCGCGCAUGUGCUGCCGGACGAACACGCCGCAUCCGAACCGAGCAAGCCGAAGUACAAUAUCCCAUCGCACUAUGACAUGCCCCAAGACUAUGGCUCUUUGCGCCAGGAGCCGCUGGCGUCAGAGUCGGGCCCCGUCUCUGCUGCUUCGAACGGCACCCCGAGGGAACUAGCCGACUCGGAGACUCCGGGGCGAACCCCGGCCUCCGAGAAGGCUGUGGUCGACUCGAGCAGGAAUGAGGCCCUAGAAGGCAAAAGAGCCGGAGAGGAAGUGUUCAAAGCCAUAUUUGGCGAUAGUGAUGACGACGAUUGAGAGAACUCAUGCAAGCCCGUGGCUGCGGCAUGUUCAUGUUACAGGUAGUGCAUGCCGACUGCUGCAAAUAUCCAAGGGCAUGUAUAUCAUGGAAUGAACUCGGAAUCGUGCAUUUGUGCAAGGUAUUGCAAGGCAGAAAACUGUCAGCAUGCGCAUUGCGACUGUCCUGGUGCUCCGGAAGCUUUCAAAGAUAGCCAAGCGAUGUUCCAAGUUCUUCUGAAAGAUGCUUGACUGAGCGAGUUCAGGGACU